AUGGUAUCAAUUAUAUUAGCAAGUCUCUUUGUAAUCACUGUUAUUCUGAUUUAUAUCUAUUUGAAAAGAGGUUAUUCUCCAUCAUCGGAUGAUUUACCAGGUGUGAAACCACAUAUUUUUUUUGGUAAUCUUAUUAAUUCUGGUAUAGUAUCGAAAGCAUCAACUUUUCGUGAAGUAAUGCUCGAUUAUCAACAUCGUUUUGGUGAUAAAUUUCAAUUUUGGUUUGGAUCACAUCGAUGUUUAGUUUUCUGUCGAAUGGAACAUGUUCAAACAAUAUUUACUGAUCAUCAUACAUUUGAACAUUCACCAUUAUUUCUUCCAGAUUUCAAUCUUCUUUGUUCAAAUGGUAUUAUAAUGUUGACUGGUGCUCGAUGGAAACGACAUAUACGAGUUCUAUUACCGAUGUUUAAACGAACAAAAGUUAUUGGUCAUUUGGAAACAAUUGUUGAAUGUGCUGAUCGUUUUAUUGAUCAAAAUCUUCAUUCUGAUCAAAUUCAUCGAGAUUUGAUUUUAUGUUGUCAAUCAUUUACAAUGAAUGUCAUUGGAUUCAUUGGAUUCGACUAUGAUUUCGAUAUUCAUGUUAAUUUAUCAAUAAAAAAAGCUUUUCAAGAUUUUAUUUUCUAUGCUAAAUUUCUAAUAAUUGCAUCAUGGAUACCUCGAUGGUUAAAGAAAAUCUAUUUGAAAUAUGAUUCGAAAUAUCAACAAGCUUAUUGA